CAUAUUUGAUUAGAUUUGAUUUUUACCGCCGGCUUUCCCUUCCUACGCCGCCGGCCUCCUCUCGCCGGCUUCCGGCUAGCAUAUGUGGACGGGCUCCCCGUACUCCUUCGCCGUCCUCGAACGCCUCCUCCAAGAUCACUUCUCCGCCCCUCGCCGCCUCCUCCAGGUCCAUGCCCUCCUCCUCACCUCCGGCGCGCUCUCCACCUCCCACGCCGCCGCCACCUUCCCCUACAAUUGCCUCAUCCAUGCCCACCUCCGCCUCCCCGCUUCCACCAUUACCCCGCUAUGCGCCCCCCUCCGCCUCUUCUCGGCCAUGCUCGCCGCUGGCGCGCGCCCCAACGGCCACACGUUCCCUUCCCUCCUCAGGUCCGCCUCCGCCUCCGGACCAGCCACCAGGGCUCUCCACACGCAGUGCCUCCGCCGCGGGCUUACGGCCGAUCGCUUCGUUGCAUGCUCGCUCGUCAGCUCCUAUGGCCAAGCUGGCCGUCUCGCGUGUGACGCUUCUAAGGUGUUUGAUGAAAUGGCCAGCCCGGAUCUGGCCUCCUCUAACGCCAUGCUUGAUGUGCUGUGCCUCGCCGGGGACGUGGCUGCGGCUAGAGAAUUCUUUGAGCGGAUGGUGGUGAGGGAUGUGGUGUCAUGGACGACACUCAUCUCUGGGUCAUCGAGGAAUGGGUGCCACUGGGAUGCUGUCGAGAUCUUCAGGGGAUUUUUGGUACACAACAGGGGACUGCUCGGGGAGGCCACACUGGUCAGCGUGCUCUCGGCUUGUGCCAACUUGGAUGGUGCCGAGGGGCUUGCUGUCGGGACGGCCGUUCACGCGUAUGUCAUUCGGCAUGAGGUUGUCUUCACAGCGUUCUUGGGCACGGCAUUGAUCGACAUGUAUGGGAAGUAUGGGAAGCUUGCCUGUUGCAGGAGAGCUUUUGAGAUUGUAUGCGAGAAGGAGGUCUGUACGUGGAAUUCACUGCUCUCUGCACUGGCUAAUCAUGGGAAAGAGACUGAAGCACUGGUUAAGUUCAACAUGAUGAUAGUUGGAGGGUUCUUGCCGAAUCAGAUCACAUUUCUUGCUCUACUGACAGGUUGUGCUCGAGCAGGAUUGGUGGAGAUUGGGUUAUACUGGUUCGAGACGAUGGUGACUGAAUACAAGGUGACUCCGAUGAUGGCCCAUUAUGGAUGUGUUGUGGACCUGUUAAGCCGUGCUGGCCGUUUUAUGGAGGCCAUCGAGAAGAUAGAGCGGAUGCCCUUUUUGCCUGAUGCUUCUGUGUGGGGCGCGCUUCUUGGUGCUUGCAAGCUCCAUGGAAAUGUGGAGCUUGUUGCUGAGAUUGGGCGAAAACUAGUGGCUCUUGGUCCUCAGCAAUCCGACCGGUAUGUGACUAUCAGGAAUAUUUAUCUAGAAAAUGGGAAUUGGUGUGCUGCGACGAGAAUGGGUGAGGUGAUGCAUGAGGCCGGGAUCAAGAAGACAGCAGGGCAAAGUAGUGUUGUGUUUCACAGCUCUGCCAUUACUUGACUAGAGUUUGUCUGUUGCAAAUAUUGCUCUUCUGGGACUACCGUUUGUUUCUGAUGACUUGUACCUUUAGGAAAAUACUAAACCACAUCUUGUUGUUCAAGCUUAUAACAAAUAUUUGACGUAAUGAAGAAUCAGAUUUUUAUUCACUGAAUCGGGCGGGUUACCUUUGAUUUGCAAGAUUGCAAAAAGGCAGUAUUAGGAAAAUCACAGAAUUGUAGUGGCAUGUCUACUCAAAAUCUAUAGAAUUUUGUUUGCACCAAAGUAGUGUAUUUGAUUAUACCACUGGUAAAACAAAAAGAUUCUUUGCAAGAGGUUUGAGUGAAUGAAAAAUCCCUAAAAACUCUAAGCUCCCGGGAAUUGGAGGUCUGGGAGCACUCCGUGUAUUUUUCGCUGGCGGGUCCCGGUUGUAAGGGGGAGAUGUGUGUGUGGGACACGGGUGUCAGGGAGGGCAUGGGGUGUCUCCCGGUUGAACCGACGUUCAGUGUAGCGUGUUCGUUUCAUGGUGGUUUGGGUUGCGGUCGUGUCUUCUUUCCGCCGGCCCUUGUGAGUCUGGUCAAAGGGGAUUCUUCAUUCAGAGAGGGGGUGAAGUGGUUGGCGGCUGUAGUUUCGGCAGGGUUGUAUGAGCGGCUGGAAGACGAGGGUGGGGUCACUGGGUGAUUGGCGGCGGAGGUUCUCACCGCUCCCUGCGGACGGCUGCUACGAUAGGGUGGACGGUGCGGUCGUCGUCGCUCUUUGAUUCGGCCGCGUUGGGGUUUGUUUUGUUUCGGCUGCUGCGGGUGUUUCCCCAUGGAUUGAUGCGUGUAUUUGCUCCCUUCUUCGCUAUUAUUUCUUUCUUUCUUUGUGCCUUUGUGGUGUUGUUUCCUUGCCGGUGCCGAUUGAUAUUUGACAGGCUUGUUUCGGCUGCGGUGGGUGUCCUCCCCGUUUUUUUCUUUCUCCCCAUGGAUUACAUGGUAGGGGCCGUAGUGGUGGAUGCUUCCUGUGUAUCAUCACGUGUUGCUGUUGGUGCGGUCCAUUGGGGGUUUGGAUUAAGUGCUUUGUGGCUGCCGGGAUGUGGUGCUGUCGAUGGGUUUGUUUUUUUAGAAGAAAAGGGCUCCCGCCCCGGCUCCAUUUGAUUGAAUAAAAUGAAGCCAAAUUUCUGUCGAUGGGUUUGUUUGGUGUGGGUUAGUGUCUCAGUGUGGUGUUCAUUGCUUUCGUGGGUGUUUUGUUUUAUAGGAUGUACCAUCGUUUGAUUUUUGCUGUAGGUUUGGUUGAGGUGUUUACUAAUCUGGUACAUUGUUGUCUGCUGGCUGCUUAUGUAUAGGAUCUGUACCUAUAAUCUUCACGACCGGCCAGAUAGCUUCUUUGCUAAUUAAGAAGCCUGUUAAAUAUCCGCGAACCUCUGACUUGUUUAAGCUCUCUUUGACAUGGAUCAAUCAAUAAAUACCUGUAUGUCUAGCAUCUUCACGGGGCCAAAUCAACUUCUUAUCUAGGCACACUAUUGUAAAUUCCAUUCACAGUUGUAGAUUUGAUAGAAUCAUUCUGAAUUGGUUUGUUUAAGUACAAAACAGCAAAAGAUGUCGUUUUAAAUUUCGAAGAAACUGUUGUCAAUUUGUCUUCUGAAUACAAAAGGGCAUAGGGGAAGGUAAAAUUAAGAAUCGCUGAUCACAUAGGUGCACUGGCACAAUAAAGGGAUUUGCCUUGAUUUCUAUCUAUUCUCGGUUCUUAAUUUGUCUAAAAGAUGUGUUGAGAAAUGGAGAUGUAGGCACAUGAAAAGAAGGGACAUGGAGCCUUAGCUAAUGUAAUUAUUUAUUGUAGGGAUGCUUCUGUUAUAACAUAAUUAUGUAUCCCGUGAUGCUCAUGUUUUAGGAUUUUUAAUUACUUCAUGUUCCAUUGAUUUGACUGGCAACCUCUAUAUGUCAUCUCUGAUGCAUCGAGUGGGCUCCGUGGAUUUGGAUACUGAGUUCUAAUUUGAUGACUUGUUUUGGCAAUUUCAGGUUACUGUUGCUCCCACGCUCCGUGGUAUUAUUUGAUUUGAUGUACAAAUUUUAUUGGGCAAUACUCACAUGUGAAAUUAGGAUAUUCCUUCAACUCAUCCCAUUUUUAAUCUGAAACUGAACAUCAUUUUCCUUAUAUUUUGGCCGAUGUAGGCUAGAUGAUGGUAAGUUGGUAUUUAUCUGCUGUCUGCCUUGCUGGACGAAUUAACAUCUACUAUUUUAUUUCAGCUAUGUAAGAGCAUCCGAAUUUACUAUACAUUCCGAAGAACUUAGUAAUUGGUUUGCCUGCAGAGUCCGUCAGCAGGACACGAUUGUAAACAUAGGUCCUAGGCUCAGAUAUAUGGAUUCAGAAUUUACAUGCCGAGUUGAGUGCUGAGGAUUUGAAGUUGUGAUGCAUUAAGGUAAGGAUCCUUAUUUUUCAUUUGUCAGCCAUUCCUGUGCUAUUUCCGUAUUUUUUUUCUUGCAAUUUUCUCAUCUAGAUAAUUUGCUCAGAUCUCAUGAGUUUUGGAAAUUAGCAUCUUUCCAUAGCUUAGUACAGAAGCGUUUUUUAUGGCUGAAUAAAUCUUGGUACUUCUAGGUUUGCUGAGCGGUUUGAGGCAUCCUCUUUGAGGCCAAUGCUGGUAGUGCCGUUUGUGUUUAGGUGUGCGGUUGUGUCAAAUUUGGUCUUUCGAUUUGCUAUUGUUUUUUUUUGCGGGCGUUCGAUUUGCUAUUGUCACUGUCUUUGUGUCACCUAGGCAGAGUUCGUCCUAUGGCCCCGCUGAUUUUUAUUUUAGUUGGUCUUGCUGUCGUGUGGUCAUGUCGUUGUGUUUGGUUGAGCUCUAGGCUAGAUGGAGAGCAGUGCGGCUGGUCAUGUCUGGCACUGUCAGAAGCGUGCUGGUAUACUUGAUUGUGGCCAUAAGGCCUUUUAUGUUUCAUCACUUUUGUAUUCCUGUCAAUAAAAAAGGUGGAGCCACACCUUAAAUUGUCAUGGUGAUGUCGGAUGGCAGUUGGCCAGCCAGUCAGGUUGAUUAUUUGAGAAAUCAAUGUUUGUA